GAACAGCGACAACGAACAAUUUCCACAUUAGCAUCGUCAUUUAGACGUUUAUUAACACCCUGGACCUCAAAAUAUGACAAAUUGAACCGUACAGCAUCGCAUACUUACUCCAGGUAGUGUUUAAUUUGCGUUGGAGACAGGACUUAGGUUUAUAGAUGUUAUCUAGGUAACGCUGCUAACGUUAGCUAACUGUAACGUUAUGAUUUUUCACACUCAAAUAGCCUCCAUUAUGGAGGUGCUAGCGAAUGCAGCUGUGGCAGAGAUCUGUAAACUAGUAGACGAUGACUAUGCAGUGUUUCGUUUGGAAAUAAGUCAAAGCCAGAAAGAAAACGGCGCAUUGCGGAGGAAACUACAGCUUCUGGAACUGAAGGUGUCACGGGAGCGCGCAGAGAGGACAAUGCGAGAGCGCAUCCUCGCCAGUCGUCCCACAAGUGUCAAGAUCCUCGACCGAUACAGAGGAAUGGCACGAGGUGAAGGACAUCUCACUGGACGCUACAGGAGCUUUGGGAAGCCAGCUGGACACAAUACAUGGAGAGAAGACCAACCAAUCACCUUUGAGGGGAGAAGAACCUCAACCCAGCACAUUAUCAUGAUAGAGUCUGCAGAUGUUGUGGCGGCAGGUUCUGGAGGAUCGUCUCUGGUCAAGCAGGAGAGGACUGAAGGAGAGGACGCACAACACAGCAGAGACAUCCAAACUGGAACAGCGGCUGGAGUGGCGCCCCUUGUUACCACGGGGGACCACGCGACCGCCGUGCAGCCCAGGACCCGACGCAUCAUCACAGAGGUCAAUGGAACGCUGAACGCCAUCGUCAAGUCAGAGACAGACACAGAGACUUUAACUGUGACACAAAGGCUCUUACACACAGGAUCUGACCACAGAUCAGACCCAGAGAGACUGGGGCUGGGACCACUGGGCUGUCCUCCUGCUCCCAGUUCAGAGUAUUUACUUUACGGUAACCCAAGCCCGAGGACAGUUCAUUCCCAUCAGGUCUCAGCUGAGGCGUUACAGACUGGCAACGAUCCGUCUUGUUCUUACACUACAGAGAUGGACCCUGACAACAUGCCCUUGGGUUUAGAGACACAGACUGAUCUGUCUAGAGGGGACUGGAACCCCUACAGUAGUAGUGUAUACUCUAAAGGGUGCCUAGAUAAGAAAGGGGAAGGUCUGGUCGUAGAUGAGGUGACUGUGAAAGUGGAGGGCGACGUUCCUCCCACAUGGAAUGUAGAUGGUGACCUAAGAGAUGGACACUCACAGGGAAGAGAUUUCUUAGAUUACAGGGAAUGCUUAGAAACUAAUCCAAAUGUCACAACUCACUCCCCUUUAAUCGCGCUCAGAGAUCGCGACCUCGUGUCCACAUCGAUGGGGCCUUCCGAUUCACACAACUGCCUUUUUGAUCAGGUAUUGACCUCAAAUGACAGGGCCACAGCCCAGGCUCAGGGAGGGGCAGCCACAUCAGGCAAUGUUAAAGAGAAACGGUUCCUCUGCAUGUUCUGUAACAAAGGCUUCAGCUGCCCCCAGAAAGUGAAGAUCCACCAGAGGAUCCACACAGGGGAGAAACGCUUCAGGUGUACCCAGUGUCAUAUGCGCUUCGUCCAGGCUGGUGACCUGAAGAGGCACCAGAGGGUCCAUACAGGGGUGAAACCCUUCAGCUGUACCCAGUGUAAUAUGCGCUUCGCCCAGGCUGGCCACCUGAAGAGGCACCAGAGGGUCCACACAGGGGAGAAACCCUACAGCUGCCUCCACUGUGAGAAGAGGUUCUCCCGCCAGGACCAGCUGAAGAUGCACCUGAAGGUCCACACGGGAGAAAAGCUGUUUGCUUGUACGCACUGAGCUACCUCAGGAUACACCAGCAGAAAAAACAUUCCACUAUAGAGCAUAGAAAGUAACCAUUCCACUGACGUUUAGAUCAAACCCUGCAUUAAGACUAAGAUACAUUGUCAUUGUUGUCUGCAGAAAAGAUCGACAGAUGCGUUUGGAAUAACGACAGUAACAGAAUCAGUGUUGAAUAUUCCUGGGUAGAAUAUUGCAUCCAGACAUUGUCUGACAUAUAUAAGGCAUAUUUAAGCCUAAAAGGUCAAAUCAAAUUGUAUUUGUCACAUGCUUCGUAAACAACAGGUGUAGACUAACAGUGAAAUACUUACGGAUC